AACACGAAUCCGCUUUCAAUUACACCCGCGCGCGUCUCCGCAUCAGCGACUAUUAUUUGACACGCAAAUGCGGAGUUUGACGCUUGACUCAUUCUCAGAAGCAGAAGUGGAAACGGAAGAAGCGCGUUAACGCGAUCUCGUCCACCGCCGCUCGGGCGGGCGGGCGCGCGCGCCCUGGGGGCUCGGGAGCGCGCGAGGAGUUUCCUGGAGCUGGUUUGAGGAGGAGUCCGUCGGGAGCGGGUCAGAACCGGCGACGAGACACCGGACGCUACCGGAGACCGGAGCCGUGCGCGCGCACGCAGGCCUGCGUCAGAUUGAGGAAGUGCGCGAGCGAGCGGACGAGCGCGCGGUCGGUCAGGUGGGACGCGGCGGGGGAACUCAGGUGACACCGGCUCAGGACCGAGAGCGAGAGAACCAGACGGACAGAGAGACAGGAGAACGUCUGUGAGUUUAUGGACUGGAGGUGUCUGAUUCAGGUGUUCGGUGUAGCAACGUCUCUUCAGCACUUCUACUGGAAUAAUAAACACAUUAAUGUGGCGAUGUCUCCAGGAGAGGACGGUCUGAUCGGGAUCCCCUUCCCGGAGCACAGUAACGAGCUGCUGUCCCGACUCAAUGCCCAGCGGCGGACCGGGCUGCUCUGUGACCUCACGCUGACCUCCCGCGGCGCUCGAUACCCCACGCAUCGCUCCGUGAUGGCCGCGGUCAGCCUGUACUUCCGCCGUCUGUUCGGGGCGGAGGAGGGCGAGGAGGACGGAGAGGGCGUGGGCGACAGCUGCAGCGUCUGUCAGCUGGACUGCGUGUCGCCGGACGCUCUGGCCGCGCUGCUGGAGUUCGCCUACACCGCCACGCUGACCAUCCGCAGCUCGGGCAUGCGCGAGGUCCUGAAGGGCGCGCAGCUGCUGGGCAUCCAGUGCGUGGCCGACGCCUGCCGGGACAUCCUGGGCGAGACGGAGACGGGUGACGACCCCACGGAGGAUGCUGAGCGACCGCCGUCCCGACGCAAGCCGGACCGCUGCUCGGUGGCCCGGGCCGCGUCUCCCGUGAGGCCGGUGUGGAGGAGCCCCUCGGCCCCGGAUACGCCCCUAAGUGGGCUGCUUCCCGCGCAGGGACACCCGGGGCUAGUGGUGAACGGAGACUCGCACUGGCAGGAGUUCUCACACAGACCCGAAGACACGCCCUCGGAGGAGGAGGAGCCAAUCGCCCAGGGGCAGGCCACGCCCCAGCUCAGCCAAUCACAGGGCGACGGAGCAGGGGGCGGAGCAGCGGCAGGAAACGGCAGGAAGAGGAAGUCUCAGAUGCCCCAGCAGUGUCCCGUCUGUCAGAAGAUCAUCCACGGAGCGGGAAAGCUGCCGAGGCACAUGAGAACACACACCGGAGAGAAACCGUUCCAGUGCUCGGCCUGCGGGGUCCGCUUCACACGGAACGACAAGCUGAAGAUCCACAUGCGGAAGCACACGGGCGAGCGGCCGUAUCUGUGCUCCAGCUGCCCCGCGAGGUUCCUGCACUCCUACGACCUGAAGAACCACCUGUCUCUGCACAGCGGGGACCGGCCCUUCGAGUGUCCGCUGUGCCACAAGGCCUUCGCCCGCGAGGACCAUCUGCAGCGCCACAGAAAGGGCCACAGCUGCCUGGAGCUCCGAACCCGCCGCCCGCGCUGCCCCGAGGCCCAGUCCUUCGCCCAGAUCCUGGAGGGCCACGGCGGCCCCCUGGCCAUCAUGCCAGGGGCCCACAUGCCGUAUCCGGAGCUGCUGUGGCGGGCGGUCGUGGCCCCGGCCGGAGAAGUCCUGGAUAAAACCGAAGGAGGCUCGUCUCCUCGUGGAAGCUCUUCGGUCGUGCAACAGUCCUGGGAAGAGGAAGAGGAGGAGCAGGAAGCUGCUGGAGAGGAGGAAGAGUGACCACGUUCGUGUGUGUGUGUGUGUGUGUGUGUGUGUGUGUGUCCAGGUGAAAGAAGUGCACUUCAGUAAGUGCUCUAUUUCCGUGCACUAACGAUGUGCUUAAGUUAUUCUUUAGUAAUUCUCAAAAAACGAAAAUUCUGUCGUUAAUUAUUCACCUUCAUGUCGUUACGAGACCUUCGUUCGUCUUUGGUACGCAAAUAAAGAUAUUUUUGAUGAAAUCUGACCCUUCCUAGAAAGCAAGGGUACUAACGCAAUCCUUGCUCAAAAACGUAGCAAGGAAAUCGUCAAAGAAAUCUUUUUUUAUCAUUUUACGAAACUAAGAGAAGACUUUUUGUGUGCAGAGAAAGCAAAAAAAGACUUUAUUGAACAAUUUGACCUCUGCUUGACCCUGUAGUGCCAUUUCCUCGAGUAUGACGCACGUAAACCACGUAUGUACGAUGUUUAUAGUUCGAUCUGAACGCAUACGAUGUUCACACGCGUGAUGCAGAGGAGACAAAUUGUUGAAUAAAUGCUUUGCUCACAAAAAGUGUUUUUGUGCGUGAAUUAGCGGUCGAAGCGCUGGUGUCACGUGGGUUAUUUUAAUGAUGUUUUUGCUUCGUUUCUAAGCUUCGGUGGCGUUGGGGUCCUUGAGGGCCGUCGAGGGCCGGAGAGCUCUCAGAGUUCAGCAGAAAUAUCUUCAUUUGUUCUUACAGGUUGGCGACGGCGUCAGGGUCAGCAAUUUAUGACAGGAUUUUUCAUUUUCGGGCGAACUCUUGCUUUAAGAUCGUCUAAAGACUGGGCUGUUUUGUGACGCCAUAAUUAUGAACUAAAAUGCGCUUUAAAUCUCUUGAAUUAAAAGAAGUAGCACUUGUAGUACACUUAACCCAUCUACUUUCAUACACUAGUACACUCGUACUACAAGUCCUGACUAAAUUAAAACACAGAGAUAUUAAAAUGUUAAAAGCACACUUUAGUUUAUAUUCCUGGCGUCCCUAGACAGCCCUAAAGGAUCACUUUUUGCAAAAUCAGUGCGUGGAAAUAGAGGUUUUAGAAGUGCACUCUUUAGUAAGCUGGUCUUCUGUUUCCGGUGCUGGAGGAGCUCCUCACGCAGGCCUCCGUUUGCGCCGUCUCUUUUGUUUCUGAGGUUUUCGACUGCUUUUGGAGCUCCGCCUCGUCUUUGUUAGUUGUCUGCGAGGCCGUGAUGUUCACUUCAUGCAAAAUGUGAACGCGAACGAGUGCUCGAACAAACCUGGUGUAAAAACAAACAAACCACGCCACCGAAUGGAGGACGCAUGUCGCCACCUACAGGCGAGGAUCAUGAAGAAUUUACUGUAGCUGCUCUGAAAUUUAGCCUUUUUUCCGAAUAAAAUGAGUUUGGAAUUAUUUUCAAAUGAUAGAAUUUACUUUCAUACCAAAGAUUAUCGGUUAGUUUGGACCCGAGAUGUAUUUUUUCAGAUAUUUGUAGCCUUUAAAUGUUUUUUUUUCUCUGUCGUCUGAGAGAAAGACUUAAAAUGGACUUCAGAUCUCAGAUCUCACGAAAGGGCUUUCUGCGUUUAUACGCUCGGAUGAGGAAACACAAGCUCAUGUUUGGUUUGGUUUACUUUGCUCUGUUUUUUAGGAGGAUGCGCUCGGGGGGGGAUUUUUGAGAAGGGAUCUCGUUUUCUUUAAAAACAAAAAAACAAAACCAAUGGCAGGACGGAGAGUUCUUUUGUAAACUAUUCUAUUUAUUUAUUCGUCGGUUGGAUAUUUAUUGUGACUUUCCUGGUUUGGGGCGCUUGGGUUGCUCUGCAUCUUCUCUUUCUUACGAAGCUCGGUUCUCGGAUCGGUUUUGCCUUUUUUUAAUCGUAAUGGCCUCAGGUAGAUGCGCGGCGAGGUCUGAUCUCCGGUCAGAUCCCGUCCCUCGCUCAGGUGCUGUAGAGAACUGAGAUUCAGACGUCCUCUGUUUGCAGGUUUUGCACAUGAAUUUCUGAAUAGAAGUACAAUCCCUCCGAUGACCAGCACAGGACAGACCGAAUCAAACGAGGAGGAGUCUUGCCUUUCUUGACGCAAAUGCAUAUCUGAGAUAUUUUUGAAAAGAGAAAAAUACCUGCAUUAUAUGAAAAAAAGGAAAAAAAAGAGAGUCUUUAGUGACGUUUGUAACUAUAGCUUUAGCCGCUUCGUCUCGCUGCAGGAGCUUCGGCCGAUCUGUAGAAGGGAUGCAUUCUGGGUACUGUUCUGCUGACAGUAGGGAAACUACCCGAAGAGGUUUAUUUGCACUAAAACAGGAUCUUUGUGUCGUGAAAAUGUUGAUUAGUCGCCUCUUAUGAUUGUAAAUCCUCAAGUUCUUCAAAAACUCUUGCAUCUUGAAUAUUAAGUACUUUCUGUUUUGUUUUGUUUUGUUUUUUUUUGAUGUAAAGGUCAAGCUGCCUUAGUUUGUUUUAUUUGUUUUGCAACUAUUCUCAGGAAAUCUUGAGCCAUGCACUAAGUGGAUAUGCAAAUGUUCGGUGAAUAUUAAUUUAUUGUAUAUAUCUGUGCUUGGAAAUAUGAACGCCCUGUUGUUGAGUAAAGUUUCUUUACAUCUGUCGUUUAUUCAUUGUCGUGAUUGAAUCUGAGUUGUUUUAUAUCGAAAGCGGAGUUGUGAUUGUGUUUGGGGUGAAGGGACGAGGCUCCUGGUCAAAGCCUUUAAUCAGGGAUUUGUUUUCUGUUCAUAGAGUGGAAUCUUUCUCAGCGAUGGCAAAUCAUUUCGCAUAUUGUACAAAUAAAGAGCAAAUAAACAAAGAUUUAUGUAUGAAUAGAC